AUCAUCAGCGAAGCAGGCGAGAGAUAGAGAGAAAGAGAGAGAGAGAGGAUGGGAGAAAGAGAAUGAGAGAGCACGAGAAUGGAGAGUGACAAAAAAGAACGUUAGACAGGAAAAUUGAAAGAUUGAAUGAAAGAGAGAAAGAAAUGAGAUGAGAGCAGCGAGCAAAAUGUGGAAACGAAUGCGAGAGAAAAAAUAAAGGUAAGAGACGUAGAGAGGAGAGAGAGAGAGAACGAAGAAAGAAGAGAGAAAAGAGAGAGAGCGCGAGAGGGGAGGGGAUGCCAUGCUUAGAGAAUGUGACAGUGGAGAGCGAGCGCGAGCGAGAGCAGAUGAAAGAGGAAGGAGGAGUCGUGGAGAAGGUGUUAGCAUCAGGACACACCAAACAAGAGAACCAGGGACGGUGAGACGGAACAGAGAAGCGUCCUCUGCGGCCAUGCUGUCGUCGUGCAUCUGGACGUGAUGCCGGAAUCCCAUGAUUCCGUGCUGCAUCUGCUCGGCGUGUGCACGCUUCAGGGUCCACGGUGCUGCAGAGGGGAGUGUGUGUGUGUGUGUGUGUGUAUAAGGGAAGCGUGAGGAUGCGAGGACACGAGGAGCGAGGGACGAGAAAGAUGUCUGUGAUGGUCAGACUCUAGGUGCUGGCGUUGUCAUCGACAGUUCAUCACACACACACACACCGGGCAAACGCUGGCAUCGGGGCCGCGAGGUCCUGGCUGACGGAGACGGUCCUGGGUCAAAGGCGUUGACCCCAGCGUACAGCCCUCGGCACGGGGACACGAGGCAGGAGGAACGCAAGCAAGGCAGACGGGAAGAAAGCCACCAUGGGAGAGUGGACGAUAUUGGAGAGGCUGCUGGAGGCUGCAGUACAGCAGCACUCCACAAUGAUUGGGAGGAUCCUGCUGACAGUGGUGGUGAUCUUCCGUAUCCUCAUCGUGGGGAUAGUGGGUGAGAAGGUGUACGAGGACGAGCAGAUCAUGUUCAUAUGUAACACGCUGCAACCGGGCUGCAACCAGGCGUGCUACGACAAGGCCUUCCCCAUAUCACACAUCCGCUACUGGGUGUUCCAGAUCAUCCUGGUGUGCACGCCCAGUCUGUGCUUCAUCACCUACUCGGUGCACCAAUCCGCCAAGUACAAGGACACCAAGUACACCACCAUGCACGGGCCCUACAUCGAACACGGGCACGGGCUGGGACGCAAGCUGCGCAGCCUGAACGGCAUCCUGGUGCACGGGGCCGACCCCAAAGAGGAGGAGGACAUCCCGGCGCUCAAGGACAUCCCCAACAUCCCGGACACACCGCGGGGCUUUCACGGGCCGUCGAAGAGCGUCAAGCGGAAGCAGCAGGAGGGCAUCUCGCGCUUCUACGUCAUCCAGGUGGUGUUCCGGAACGUCCUGGAGAUCAGCUUCCUGGCCGGGCAGUACUUCCUGUACGGCUUCAACGUGCCGGCCAUGUUCGAGUGCGACCGCUACCCGUGCGUCAAGGAGGUGGAGUGCUACGUCUCCAGGCCCACGGAGAAGACGGUGUUCCUGGUGUUCAUGUUCGCCGUGAGCGGCGUGUGCGUGGUGCUCAACCUGGCCGAGCUGAACCACCUGGGCUGGAGGAAGAUCAAGGCGGCGGUCCGCGGCGCGCAGCAGCGCAGGAAGUCCGUGUGCGAGCUCAGGAAGAAGGACGCCUCGCAUCUGUCGUCGCUGCCCAACCUGGGGCGCACGCAGAGCAGCGAGUCGGCGUACGUCUGA